AUCUCUCAAACCCUUAAUCACUGCCAAAAUGUCCGAAGAGUUUGAGGUCAACAGUGAAGACGUGUUUUUGUCUGAAAUGUUAGAUUUGGAGCAAAACAAUGAAAACACAGGUAUUGGCGACCAAUCCACUGAUGAGGAGAUGCCCUUUGGUUUCAAUAGUCUUCUGAGGGAUCCGUUGAAAGUGAGUCGAAAUAAACUGGACUUUAGUAUCGGAUCCCAAACGCCCAGAAACUCAGUGAACGAACGGAAGCGCAAAAACCCUCGAAGAUGUCUCUCGGAAAUGCUCGACAACUCCUCCUCCUUCUCAUCUCCAGAGGCCAACACGAGUCCAAUGCAUCUCCAGUUCGGACAGAAAUCCAAAGACAUGUCAAUCGAUGAGCAAAACUCUUCGCUCUUCUCUCCACUCUUUACUCAAAUUAAAACCCAGUCUUCGGUCGAGAACUCAGAGAACGACUCAUUAGUGGCCAACACUUCGAUGACUUCGGUCUGCUCUCCGAUGUUCUCGACUAAUGAGUUGAAUGGCAUUCCCCUGAAGAGACCGAAUGCCUUUAAGAUACGUAAAAGCAAUUCAUUGGUGUCUUCGAGUCAUAAGAGGACACCAUUCGUGAGAUGGCAUUCCGCUAAUGAGGCGACGAUUAUGAAAGCCGUUCAG